GCGGGAGCGCGCCGCGGGGGCAGCCGCCGAACCCCGGGGCGCUGCGGCCGCAAAGGGCAGUGAUGGAGCAGCCACCGGAGGCAGGGAAGGACAGCAAGCCCUCCUCCCUGUCGGUGGACCUGCAGGCAGACAGCUCCUUACAGGUGGAGAUCUCUGAUGCUGUGAGCGCGGAUAAGGUGAAGUUCACUGUGCAAACCAAGAGCUGCCUGCCCCACUUCGCCCAGACCGAGUUCUCAGUGGUGCGGCAGCAUGAGGAGUUCAUCUGGCUGCACGACGCCUAUGUGGAGAACGAGGACUACGCGGGCCUCAUCGUGAGGGAUCCCCCAGCACCUCCCAGGCCGGACUUUGAGGCUUCAAGAGAAAAGCUGCAGAAGCUGGGCGAGGGGGACAGCUCCAUCACACGGGAAGAGUUUGCCAAAAUGAAGCAGGAGCUGGAAGCGGAGUACCUCGCCAUCUUCAAGAAGACAGUCGCCAUGCACGAGGUCUUCCUGCAACGCCUGGCAGCCCACCCCACCUUGCAUCGGGACCACAACUUCUUUGUCUUUUUGGAAUAUGGCCAAGAUCUGAGCGUACGAGGAAAGAACAGGAAGGAGCUCCUUGGGGGGUUUCUGAGGAACAUUGUGAAGUCUGCAGAUGAAGCGCUCAUCACUGGCAUGUCAGGGCUCAAGGAGGUGGAUGACUUCUUUGAGCACGAGCGGACCUUUCUGCUGGAGUACCACACCCGCAUCCGGGACGCCUGCCUGCGGGCCGACCGUGUCAUGCACUCCCACAAGUGCCUGGCAGAUGACUAUAUCCCUAUCUCAGCUGCACUGAGCAGCCUGGGAACACAGGAAGUCAACCAGCUCAAGAUGAGCUUCCUCAAAUUGGCGGAGCUCUUUGAACGGUUAAGGGUGAGUACUGCUUUGUGUGGAGAGAUGAUCCUUUGCAGGAAAGAGUCCCAGAACAGGGAAAAUCUCCAGGGUCAUUUUUGUUCGAAAUCUGGGCCUAAUGACUCUGGACUUACCUUCCAGACUAGUUUAACAAGGAGUGGAGACAGGGAUCUAGCCUGG